AGCUAAGACCCGCUGAAAGCUUCUACCAUUGGCAUUUUGCGAGAAUCUCCAAUACCUUUCCAAGUUAACGUUCGCUUUGUUUGGUGGCAAAAAUGCGCGGCACUGACGGAAAUGGCAGUUCCGAGCGUAUGCUUAGUUCACUUAGUACCUCGACGCGGUGAGAAUACCGAUAAAAUACAAAAUUUAUUUAGCGCGCAAAGAGUAAUAAUACAAAAACAAAAAAAAUGUAGUGAGUUGUGUGAGAAAGCCGUAAUCACGUUUAAGCCAGGUAUUAGUCAUCGCCAUGGAACAGACAAUAGGUAGUGUAGAUCAAGAAAAUUGUAAAUGAAGCGUUGAUUUUCUUUGUGGUUGAUUAUAAAACGGACUUCACCAUGUCCGAAUUUUACGAAGCACAAACUAAAAUACAACAAAACUAUAGGCUUCCCAGGACCAUCGAUAGUCGACAAGAAAUCUUCAGUAAUAAUGACGCCCGCGAUAGACAUAGAAAAUUAUACUUAUUUCGUGAUAUGAUUGGGGCCAGCGUUAAUUUGGCACUACGCGAUAAAUCCUGUUGCAUGGAUACAAGUUUCCUAAAUCGUUUUUUAUAUGCAAAGAAAUUCGAUUGUGAAGCAGCUUUAGAUUUACUUAUUAAAUAUUUACUAUACAAAGAGAAUAAUAAGCACAUUUUACAAAAACUCAGUAUUUUUGAUGAAAACAUACAGACUUCCUUAAGAGAUGGUAAUCCAUCUGUACUGAAACAACGCGAUCGCAAGGGGCGUAAGGUGUUAACAUUUGCGGCCGCCAAUUGGGAUACAAAUAAAUAUAGCAUGGAGGAUGUGUUCAGAGCAUUGUUGCUAUCAUUGGAUAAGCUAUUGGAGAAUGUUGAGAAUCAAGCAUUGGGAUUUGUUGUUAUUGUUGAUUGGACGAAUUUUACAUAUAAGCAAUCAACGCAUAUCUCAGCGAAAACGCUUAAAUUGAUGAUUGAAGGACUGCAGGAUUGUAUGCCAGUAAAAUUCAAAGGAAUUCAUUUCAUAGGACAACCUUGGUAUGUGGAUGUCGUUCUGCGAGUGAUAAAACCUUUCUUAAAUGAAAAAAUAAAGCGACGUCUACUGGUACAUGGCACCAAUUUGACCACCUUACACAGCAUGGUCAGUAAAGAUAUUUUACCACCCGAUUUGGGUGGUGAGGGACCAGCUAUUAAUACACUAGACUGGUAUCAUUACCUAUUGGAGUCUAGCCAGAAUUGUGAAUCGAGAAAGUCCUAUAGACUUAUUGAGGCGACUGUCUAUUCAAAAACAGCGGAUUGGCACAAACAGGAUUCCGGAUGUGAAGCGAAAAAAAUCGAAUCGAAUGAAACUUUAAUUGAAAAUAUCAACCAAAUCUCAUGACACUGUAGACUUUUACUUUUUAUAAUAAGAAUUUCUAAAGAAAAC